CUGUUUACGGAAGAGCUUCAGUGGCACGUUGGUUGGCUGUGGAAUGGAAACGGUGUAAAAAGAAAUGUCCAAACACGUCUUCUUGACAGGACCUCCAGGUGUGGGGAAAACCACUCUUGUCCAGAGAGCCUGUGACGCGUUAUUGUCAUCAGGAGUGGGAGUGGAAGGUUUCUACACAGAGGAGGUCAGGGAGGGAGGCCGGAGAGUCGGCUUUGAUGUCGUCACCAUGUCAGGAGAGAGAGGCCACCUGUCCAGAAUCAGAGACAUCUCUGCUGGUGCGUCUCACGGAAGAAGGGAAUACACUGUUGGGCAGUAUGUGGUUGACUUACCUUCAUUUGAAAACCUGGCUCUCCCCCUCUUCAGAAAUGUGGGGGCAGCACGCAGUGGCAACAGGAAGCUGUUUGUCAUCGAUGAAAUUGGCAAAAUGGAGCUUUUCAGCCAGUCGUUCAUCAGGGCAGUGAGACAGACCUUAGAUAGCACUUCCUGCACCAUCCUGGGCACCAUCCCCACCCCCAAGGGCAAACCUCUGGGACUUGUGGAGGAAGUGCGCAGCAGGAGAGAUGUCAAGGUCAUUACUGUGUCCAAGGAAAACAGGAAUGCUAUUCUACAAGACAUUUUAGCAGCACUGCAAGAAUGUCUGAAGCACACAGCCUAAUAUAAAGAUGCAAAACCCCUGACAACAAGUUUUGUUUGUGUCAGGGCACACAAUCAGACUUUUCUCUGGGUGUACGCGCACGUCGUAGUCGGCCCGUGACCUAUCCUGAAGGGCGUCCGGGCUGAUAAAGGAGUUACUGUGUCACAUGCAUGUAUUUAUGUACACAAUUCAUAUUUUCCUCUCCUCGUACAGCCUCGAAAUGGAAUCCAUGCUGAAUAAUUGAUUGUGAGAUGGAACACAGGGGGUGGAAUUGUUCAGUUAGUGUGUAAAGCCCCUGCUCUCAGAGCCAAAGACGGGCUUUUCAUCAAAAGAGCUUUGUUUUUUUGUUUUUCAUUUAGCCGUAGGUCUAAUGGAGACUUUCUCAUUUUGAAUUUAUAAUAAUAAUCAUUUGUGGUGUUUGUUCAUUUGGUACUUUGCUCUGUGAGUCUCCCUUGUGUUUGUCUAUUAAACCUGAGGAUUAAACCUCAUUAAAAGAUGAAUCGGUAUUUAAUGACACAAUUGUGUCCCAUAUAUUUGAUUAGAUUUUUCCACCAGAAUGAACAAAAAAAUCAUAAAUAAACAGUUGUCUUCCAAC